CUGUCUUGCCAGCUGUACGCCCUCCUACCUAAGAAAAGACUCAAAGAGUCCCAGAGACGGCAAAGUCCGUAGUUGCCCACGCAGUCUGCUGCAGGCAACCAGUGAGGAAAGAACUGAGCACAGCAGGAUGGAAUCAGAAGGAGAAAUUGUUGACCUCCAACCCAGGAAUCCCAGCCCCAGGAGGGACCUGCCCAUCAAUUUUAACCAUUAUGCCACAAAGAAGAGUGUUUCGGAGAGCAUGCUGGAUGUGGCUCUCUUUAUGUCCAACGCUACUCGACUGAAGGCUGUUCUAGAACAGGAACCACCUUCUCCCUACUACAUAAUCCUGGUCACCCUCCUCAGCAUCUCUCUGCUCUUACAGGUGGUCAUUGGGAUCCUCCUCAUCAUAACUGCACGGAUGAAUUUAAAUGAGGUGUCAAAGCAACAGCGGCUGAACCAGCUCAACAACACAACCAUGGUCAUGGUCUUCAUAACUGUCAUCAUCAACAUUUUCAUCACAGCCUUUGGAGUGCAGAAAAUGGGGCAACCCUGGCCUACACCCAGGCCCUACUGAACCCAGCCUGGGGCCCAGGUGAAGGCCCUGGAACUCCUUCUGCUUUCCUUCCCUUUGACUUCUGCCAACCCUGAAGACCUCUACCCACCUCCACCCAGCUCAAUAAGCCUUCCCCAAAGUACCUGGGAAGGACCCACAUGGUUGUGUUGGUCCCCAAUAUAAACGCAAAUGCUCAAGUA